CUACUUUCGUUUGGAAUUUAAAGUAUUCGGAACGCCUCUAGACUUUCCGUGUCCUGUCGUGUAUAACCCGACCUUGUGAUUUUUUGGCUGUCCUACCGACUGCUUAUUGUAAACAUGAGCUUCAGAGUUUUUAACAGACUUGCACAGAAGUCAGCUAGACAAGGUGUCCGGUCUUUCACCAAAAUCAACGGAUUAAAUGAUGUUGUGAUCGUGAGUGCUGUGAGGACACCAAUAGGAUCGUUCCUCAGCAGUCUGUCGGAACUCUCCGCUCCACGACUCGGCUCAGUUGCCAUCAAGGAAGCCAUCAGCAGGGCAGGGAUUGAAGGUGAUGCUGUAAAUGAAGUGUAUAUGGGCAAUGUUUGUCAGGCUGACGAAGGACAAGCACCAUGUCGACAGGCUACCCUGGGAGCUGGUCUGCCAAUCACCACGCCAACAACAGCUAUCAACAAAGUGUGUGCAUCUGGUAUGAAGUCAGUCAUGAUGGCCAGCCAGAAUCUCAUGUGUGGCCACCAGGAGGUGAUGGUGGCCGGAGGGAUGGAGAGUAUGUCCAAAGUUCCCUACUACAUGACCCGGGGACAGACACCUUACGGAAAGGUCGAACUUAGGGAUGGUAUCGUGUCAGAUGGCCUAACAGAUGCAUAUGACCACAUACAUAUGGGUGCAUGUGCCGAGAACACAGCCAAGAAGUACGGGAUCGGUCGGGAGGAACAGGACGAGUACGCCAUUAGGAGUUACAAACUCAGCCAGAAAGCUGCCUCUGAGGGCUUGUUUGAUAAAGAAAUCACACCUGUGGAAAUCCCUAAGAAAAAAGGUGAUCCAGUCAUCGUCAACACUGAUGAGGAAUACAAGAAGGUCAAUUUUGAUAAAUUUGCAUCACUACGAACAGUGUUCAAGAAAGACGGGACCAUCACAGCCGCUAAUGCCAGUACACUAAAUGAUGGAGCAGCGGCGAUGGUACUGAUGACAGCCAAGGCCGCAGAACAACAUGGAGUCAAACCUCUCGCCAGAGUCGUCGGUUUUGCCGACGCAGCUAUUGCCCCGAUCGACUUUUCCACGGCCCCCGCCCACGCUGUCCCCAAAGUCCUGGCUAACACCGGGGUGAAGAAGGAGGACAUCGAUAUGUGGGAGAUCAACGAGGCCUUCAGUGUGGUCAUCCUGGCCAACAUCAAAGAGCUGGACAUCGACAUCAACAAGGUCAACAUCCAUGGUGGAGCGGUCAGCAUCGGUCAUCCCAUAGGAAUGUCUGGAACCCGUAUCACUGGUCAUUUGGUACACAAUCUACAGCCCGGACAGAAAGGAAUGGCAGCCAUUUGUAACGGUGGGGGUGGCGCGUCGGCCAUCUUGAUCGAGAAAUUAUAAUUGUAGAGAAUGUGUGAUACAGAUUUACUACAGAUACCAGUGAUAUCAGGGACUUGUAUAGAAACAAUCGGAGGUGUGAGGUUUUACGGUUGGUCAUCUUUAACAAACUUUUCUAUAUACUCAUAAUUAAAGUGCUUGGACAUCGGUCUCGUUUUACAAGGUCUAUGUAUUCAGCAUUUGUAAAUAAAUGUACAUUUCAUAGAACACUCGGAAUCAUACUGUACAUAUCUUCGUUUGGCUAGCCUCUGGCAUUGCUUCACAUUACUUGUGACCAACACAACACCUUUAAUUGUUAUCUUUUUUUUUUUUUUUUUUUUGAGAUUGUGCACAAAAUAUUCAACUGAGAUUCAUGAUUAAUUUAUUCACUUACCGAGUUGUCCACGAAAAGCCAAGGAACUUUGUAGUAAAAUUGAAUUUUAUGCAUUUUCUUACUAUACUGUGUACACAGUCAGCAAUUAUUUUGUUACAACUUUUAUCCCUUACAAAACAAAUUAUUUAUUGUUGUUAUCUUCUCCCAAAUGUCAUUUGAUCAAAAUAUUGUUGUUGUUUUCUACCAUCAUACACUUAAUUUUACUAAGCUAAGACCAGGGCUUUCUUCAUUAAUAAUGCAACCUAUAUAAAAGAUUUUUUCAAAGUACUUUUUAAUUUCCCGAGCAUAUCAGCAUGUGUUUUGCGAUAAUUUAAGAAUCAUUGAAAUAGAUUGAAUGCUGUCUUCACAAUCUCAAAAAAAAAAAGAAAAAAAAUUUAAGAAGAAUUCACUUAAAAAGUAUCACCUUCAGUGGUGGAGGGGGACAUCAAGCCAUAAGAUGGCAGACUUAUAUUCCAUAGAUCUGAAUUGUGAUACAGUACUAAGAUGUUUUAUGAGAAAUGUAUGAUAUUAAAUGGUGCGUGAUAUGUGGAA